AUGGACAAAAUGAUUAUCGAACGCGACGUUCCCAUCCUCUCGGACGACACUACCUUACGCGCGGACAUCUUCCGCCCCAAGGACUCCUUCCAGUACCCUGUAAUCAUGACUAUGGGCCCCUACGGCAAAGGGAACGAAUACAAGACCGGCUACGCCGCUCAAUGGAAGUGGCUGACCACCACCCACCCCAACAUCCUUCCCGGUUCCUCCCGUUCUUUCAUGACCUGGGAGACCGUCGAUCCAGAGACGUGGUUCCCUGGGGCUACGUCGUCAUCCGUGUGGACUCCAGAGGUGCUGGGCGGUCGCCAGGACCCGAUCUUGGAUUGGUCGAAAUUAACGGUGCCAUUUCUCAGCGCGACGAACUUGGCAGGAUUCGGGUUGCAUCCUCGUGGCAAUUUUGAGGCUUUUAUGCAUGCUGCUUCGGAGCACAAGUGGCUUGAAUGCCAUCCGGGUCGGCAUGAAGAGUGGUUCUAUUUAGAGCAGGGUAUUGAUAUCCAGAAAAGGUUCCUGGACUGCUUCUUGAAAGACUUGAAGAAUGGGUGGAUGGAGGAGGCGCCGGUCUCGCUUCGGCUUCGUCGGCCCUUCGAGGAUAAUGAGUUUGAGUUGCGGAGGGAAGAAGCGUGGCCGCUGUCAUCGACUCAGUGGACUGAAACGUAUCUCUCGGCAGCUGGAGAUGCGACCACGCUCUCAUGGAAUGAACCAGGCACAGCAUCGUCAGUGUCUUCUGAUGCGCUAGGAAAACCACUCACCUUCCUCUCCCCUCCCCUAGAGUCUGAAACCGAGAUCACAGGACCUUUAGCAGCGAAACUCUUCACCUCAUCAUCAACAGCAGACAUGGAUCUCUUCGUAACUCUGCAAGCCUUCUCUCCGGAAGGAAAAGAAGCCGACUUUCAAGGCACCGUCGGUCCGCACACACCGCUCGCUCAGAGCUGGCUAUGGGCCUCGCACCGCAAGCUCGAUCCGGCAAAAAGCCUUCCCUAUCGACCAUACCAUAGCCACGAUGAGAUUUCGCCCGUGAAACUGAACGAAGUCUAUGAACUAAACGUCGAAAUCUGGCCUACGAGCAUCAUUCUUCCUGCGGGUUUCCGACUGGCGCUCCAAAUCAGCGGGAAACCCUUCGAGCGGGAGGUGCCAGGCAAACAUGAGGUGUGGGUUGCGAAAGGGUCGGGACCCUGGCUGCAUACAAAUGUUGAGGAUAGACCAGAGAGUAUCUUCGGGGGACGGAGGACAGUGCACACGGGGGGGGAGUACGCGAUCCAGUUUGCUUAUACCUAUCAUUCCGUCGCAGCGAUAGGGGACGUGACCCCGUUUGGUCUUAGAAUCGAAGAAAUAUACCAAUUCUAA